AUAGCCUUUCAUUAUUUCCUAAAUGCCGUUGGUUUAACAUUAUAAUUUUAUUUUAUCUUUUCAUGUGUGAAAUUGUAGACUAUAUGCAUAAUGAAAACAACAUUAUGAUAUCUAGUUCUUCAUAUUGCAUCCAAAGCCGUCUCUUCUUUGCGCUUGCGAAACAAUGCUGAAACUAACUUCUUCUUCUUUUCCUCUCCGCCGCUUCGCCUCCGUACUCCGCCGACUCUCUUCCCUCUCCAUCGCCGCAAACGAUGGCGGCAAAACAAAGCUCGGCCUCCCGAUACUCGAACCCUCCAACGACGCCGAAUUGGUAGCCCAGAUUCUGGUGAGCCAUCACAACCCUUUCCACUUCAUGGAAUCGUCUCUCCAGCUUCACGGCGUCUCUCUCUCUCCCCACCUCGUCGACCAGACCCUCCUCCGCCUCCAGCACAAUUCCAAGAUUGCCCUCGCCUUCUUCCAGUAUUUACGCUCCCUGCCCUCCCCUCCCACAACAAACCCCACCUCCUUCAACCUCGUCAUCGACAUCCUCGCUAGGGUUCGCCAAUUCGACGUCGCUUGGCAACUCAUCGUCGAGAUGGAGCAACAGAACGUGAAACCCAAUUCACAGACGUUUCUCAUCCUCGUGAAGCGUCUCAUCGGGGCCGGACUCACGCGCCAGGCCAUCCGUGCGUUCAACGAUGCGCCGUGCUUCGUCGACAAUUGGGUCGGUAAGGAGGAGUUCUGCUUCCUCCUUGAUACGCUCUGCAAAUACGGAUACGUGAAGACUGCCGCUGGGGUUUUCAAUGAACGGAGAGGUGAGUUCGGGGUUAACGAGAAGAUAUAUACGGUUUUGAUUGGUGGUUGGUGCAAGAUUCGUAGGAUCGAUAUGGCGGAGAGGUUCUUGAAGGAGAUGGUUGAACUGGGUAUCGAACCAAACGUCGUUACGUAUAAUGUUUUGCUCAAUGGGAUUUGUCGGAAGGCGAGUUUGCACCCUGAAGAGAGAUUUGAGAAGACAGUGAGGAAUGCAGAGAAGGUGUUUGUUGAAAUGCGUAAGAGAGGGAUGGAACCUGAUGUCACGAGCUUCUCCAUCGUCCUCCAUGUGUAUAGCCGAGCACACAAGCCUGAAUUGACUUUGGAGAAGUUGAAUAUGAUGAAGGACAAAGGGAUUUGCCCGACUAUGGAAACGUAUACUUCGGUGGUGAAGUGCCUCUGUUCCUGUGGUAGGCUCGAGGAUGCAGAGCAGCUGCUUAACGAAAUGGUGGAAAAUGGAAUAAGCCCUUCCUCUGCUACGUAUAACUGUUUCUUCAAAGAAUACAGAGGAAGAAAAGAUGCCAAUGGGGCUUUGAAUCUGUACAGAAAAAUGAAGAUUGGAUUGUGCAAACCAACUACACAGACCUACAAUGUAUUGCUGAGUACGUUCAUAAGUUUGAACAAGAUGGAUAUUGUGAAAGAGAUAUGGGAUGAUCUGAAAGCAAGUGAGACAGGUCCAGAUUUGGAUUCAUACACUUCACUGGUUCAUGGGUUGUGUGCAAAGGAGAAGUGGAGGGAGGCUUGUGGGCACUUUGUGGAGAUGAUAGAGAAGGGUUUCUUACCGCAAAAGCUAACUUUCGAGACACUGUAUAAAGGGUUGAUACAGUCUGAUAAGCUGAGGACUUGGAGAAGAUUGAAGAAGAAGCUUGAUGAUGAAUCCAUCACGUUCGGCUCUGAGUUUCAGAGUUACCCUUUUGAGCCGUACAGGAGAUGAAUCCUCAUACUAAGCAACGUAAACGAAAUGAGCAUUUUUGGUCAAGCGAUCUGCCCAGAGAUACUUGCGACUUCAGUUGCGGAUAUUAUCCGUUCAUCAGCCUCUCGAGAUGUUGCUAAGGCGGAAAGAUUCAGAACAGAUCACAUCAACAAAAUACUGUCUCAACCGAUAAUCGUAAGACUUAUUCGCGAAUUUGGCUUGCUGUUUAGAUGCUGAAAUGGAGGCGGAGGGCGAGUGAAAGACAACUGACGAUCAAACCCUCUUUCCAGUAUUCAUGUGUCUGCUAUAUCCAACAAAGCCGGAAUCAGUUCGGUUUGUUCCGACAUGUAACUGAGUUGAUGAUGCCUCUCGCCCAAUUGGUAACUUCUUCUUCGCCUAGCAGGAGCUUCAACAUCUAUUAUAUCGAUUUAUACUUCAUCAUUGUUCUUACAAUUUAAUCUAUCAACUUUUGCUUUUUUUAACCCAUCAGUGGUUUACUAUAUGAUAUGAUCAUACCUUGCCCGAUAUCAAUGAUCGUCAUUUUGCGGAUU